AUGGCAGCGGUGCCUUCACCGACCCUGCUGGACAGGCUGGUGCUGGCACCCAUCAGUACGGUGGCGCCGCUUCAGAGCGGCACCCAAUUCCACAACACUACGUCGCUGCAGCUGGCGGUGAAGCAGAACACGCUGGGCGUGGGCUACGCUGGCGCAGGGUUUCUGCUGUUCUACUACGUCGGGGUGUCUAAGGUGCUGCAGCAGCUAGGCGUCAUAAAGCCAGGCCACACGAAGAUCGCCGGCGCCAGCGCGGGCAUCUUAUCCGCCGCCGUUGACUAUGGCUUCGUAAGUCAUGACGAGUUCAUCAAGCUGGGCAAGGACUUCGCCGCCCGCUGCCGCGCCAACUAUAAUUGCGCCGGCACCCUGGGGGACGAGGUCGUGCGCAUGGCGGACAAGGUGAUGCCGGCAGACGCCCACAUCCGGCUCAGCAACAUGUCGGUGGCGUACAUGGCGCUCAGCACGCCGGCCGGGCGCGUGGGGAUCCCCGAGGGCGACUACGUGACCAAAUUCAAGAGCCGCCAGGACCUAAUGGACGCCGUUCACGCAGGCGUUUAUGUGCCGCUCUGGUCUGGCCCCGAUGCCAUGACAAAGUUCCGCAACGAGACCACAUAUGACGGGGCGUACCGCUCCCCGAUGCCCUGCCCGACCGGCAACACGACGUACUGCAUAAAAAUGAGCGUGCUGCCCCCGUGGACGACCGCGGAGGUGCUGCGGGACGCCAUGGACCCUAGGGUGUGGCCAGAGCUGCUGCAGGUGCUCAACGUGACCACAAAGGCCAACCCAGUGCGGUUUUUCCUGGAGGGCAUCAGGAACCGUGUGAUGCAGCCCGACCAGCACUUUGGCAAGCUGGCGGCGGCGGGGUACACGUACGUGACGCUGCAGGCGCGGCUGCACCAGCUGGCGGGCGGCGUGGACAUCUGGCCGGGCAAGUGGGCCAAAAACAAGUUUUCCAUCGUGCGCUGGAUGCUGAUGGUGCUGACGCCCCCUACUCCUGACGUCAUCGAUGAGAUUGUCCAGAUGGGCAUUGACGACGGCCACGCAUGGGCGCGUGACAUGGGUCUUGAGCCGCCGUUUGCCAAGGCAGCGCCAGCAAAGAAGAUGGCUGCAAAAAGCGCCGCGUCAACGCCGGCGGCCUCGCCCGUGGCAGCACGCAAGCCCGCUGCAGCGGGGCCGGCGCCUGCGCCCCGCCGCAUGCUCAUUUGA